AUGGCAAAGCUCAAGACUUUCUCGUGCAUGGCCAUCACCGCUCUCGACAUUGAUGCCAUCCGUAUCGACAAGUCGACCCAGGUCACCGUAGACGCUCUUGCAGAAUGGGCUUCCAGCACCCGUGCUUGCGCCGCUGCCCUGAACAAGACCAACUUCUACAUCCCUGGUGAAGUUACCGGUGGCGACACGUUCGGUUCCCUCUACUAG